AUGGUCCUUGACCUACAGACAUAUGUGAGGGGUCAUGAGCAGAAUAUAGAGGACAUUCCUACAGAUAACCGCCCAGAUGACAGUACAAGGAACUCAGAGGAACAUCUGAUAUCUUCUGAUUUUAAAGUAGAUGAUUGUGGUGUCACACGAGAUACAUAUGAAGAACAUAUCAAUAUUCAAGAUAUACCCUCAUCCAUUCAAAGCAAAUAUUUAUCAUCUGAUCCCUUUAAACAUGCUAGAUUUUCUGAUUCAUCACAGACUGUAACAAAAAAUAAAAGUCACAGAAGAGAUGAACAUCAAACAGCUCACAUAAGAGAGAAACAAUUUUCUUGUUCAGAAUGUGGGAGAUGUUUUAACCAGAAAUCAGAUCUUGGUAGACAUCAGAGAAUUCACACAGGGGAGAAGCCAUUUUCAUGUUCAGAAUGUGGAAAAUGUUUUCACCGGAAAUCAUAUCUUGUUGCACAUCUUAGAAUUCACACAGGGGAAAAGCCAUUUUCAUGUUCAGAAUGCGGAAAAUUGUUUACCCAGAAGUCAUCUCUUAUUAUGCAUCAGAAAAACCACACAGGGGAGAAGUCAUAUUCGUGUUUAGAAUGUGGAAAAUGUUUUCAACGGAAAUCACAUCUUGUUACACAUCAGAAAAUUCACACAGGGCAGAAGCCAUUUUUGUGUUCAGAAUGUGGGAAAUGUUUUGCUUUAAAAAGAUAUCUUUUUAGGCAUCGGAAAAUUCACACAGGAGAAAAGCCAUAUUCAUGCUCUGAAUGUGGGAAAUGUUUUGCUGUAAAAGAAAAUCUUGUUGGGCAUCAGACAAUUCAUACUGGAAAUAAGCCAUAUUUAUGUUCAGAAUGUGGCAAAUGUUUUGCUGCUAGAAAAGAACUUGUUAAGCAUCAGAGAAUUCACACAGGAGAAAAGCCAUAUUCAUGCUCUGAAUGUUGGAAACGUUUUUCUGUUAAAAACGAUCUUGUUGGGCAUCAGAGAGUUCACACAGGGGAGAAGCCAUAUUCAUGUUCAGAAUGUGGGAAAUGCUUUGCCCUCAAAGGCAAUCUUCUCGUACAUCAACGAAAUCACACAGGAGCAAAGCCGCUUUUAUGUUCAGAAUGUGGGAAAGGUUUUAACCAUAAAUCAGAUCUUGUUGUACAUCAGAGAAUUCACACAGGGGAGAAGCCAUUUUCCUGUUCAGAGUGUGGAAGAUGUUUUAACCAUAAAUCAGCUCUUGUUAGACAUCAGAGAACUCACACAGGAGAGAAGUCGUUUUCAUGUUCAGUAUGUAGGAAAAGUUUUAACUAUAGAUCAGCUCUUGUUAGACAUCAGAAAAUUCACACAAGAGAGAAACCAUUUUCCUGUUCAUAGUGACCAUAAAAAAAAUUCACACAAGGGAGCCAUAUUCAUGUUUAGAAUGUGGGGAGAAGGUGUUUUAAGUUCAGAAUGUGGGAAAUG